CUCUCCUCCAAUCAGAGAAAAGAGAAAAAAAAUUAAAGGAAGCAGGCUUCCUGCGCAUGUGCGUGGCUGUGUUCCGACUUUCCGGGUAAAGAUGGCAGAGCGCGGUUACAGCUUCUCGCUGACUACAUUCAGCCCAUCUGGUAAGCUUGUCCAGAUUGAAUAUGCUUUGGCUGCUGUAGCUGGAGGGGCCCCUUCAGUGGGAAUUAAAGCUGCAAAUGGUGUAGUAUUAGCAACUGAGAAAAAACAGAAAUCCAUCCUGUAUGAUGAAAGGAGUGUACACAAGGUGGAGCCCAUAACCAAACACAUUGGUUUGGUAUAUAGUGGCAUGGGCCCAGAUUACAGAGUACUUGUACACAGAGCUCGGAAACUUGCUCAGCAGUACUAUCUUGUCUACCAAGAACCCAUUCCCACAGCCCAGCUGGUACAGCGAGUAGCAUCUGUGAUGCAAGAGUAUACCCAGUCGGGUGGUGUUCGUCCAUUUGGUGUUUCUUUACUUAUUUGUGGGUGGAAUGAGGGACGACCAUAUUUAUUUCAGUCAGAUCCAUCUGGAGCUUACUUUGCCUGGAAGGCCACAGCAAUGGGGAAGAACUAUGUGAAUGGGAAAACGUUCCUUGAGAAAAGAUAUAAUGAAGACCUAGAACUGGAAGAUGCCAUUCAUACAGCCAUCUUAACCCUAAAGGAAAGCUUUGAAGGACAGAUGACAGAAGAUAACAUAGAAGUUGGGAUCUGCAAUGAAGCUGGCUUUAGGAGGCUCACUCCAACUGAAGUGAGGGAUUACUUGGCUGCUAUUGCAUAAUGACGAUGUGCCCGAACAACAAGAUCUCACACACUCUGCUUUUUCAUGUUUAAAGUAUGUUUUGUUUGUGCAGACUAAUUUCUACAUGGUUUAAUGGAUUCAUACUUUAAAAAUAAUCAUAAUAAACCGUUAAAACCAAUUUUUAGUUUUUAAGAGUAAAGUUUACAUAUACUUCUUUCCUACUUUAUCAUAGUUGACUUUUGGAAAUUACACUGCAAAUUAAAUGGUAAAAU